AUGGCUCGAACCAAGCACCAGGCCAUGAGGAAGCCGACGCAGAAGCCCAAGAAGAAGCUCCAAUUCGAGCGCGCAGGUGGAGCGAGUACCUCGGCGACCCCGGAGAGGAAUGCUGGGACCGGGGGAGGAGCGGCGGUUCGCGGUGAGGAUCUCUUUGUCGUUGCUGGGUUUGGGAAUUUCCGGCGCGAAAUUAAGUGGAUUUCUAGUUACACGGGGGCGUGUGGAGAAGAAGCAUCGCUGGCGGCAGGGACUGUAGCGCUGCGGGAGAUCAGGAAGUACCAGAAGUCCACUGAGCCGCUCAUCCCCUUUGCGCCCUUCGUUCGCGUGGUUAAGGAGUUAACUGGAUUCAUAACAGACUGGAGGAUAGGACGCUAUACCCCUGAAGCCCUCCUUGCGCUGCAAGAGGCAGCAGAAUUCCACUUGAUAGAACUGUUUGAAGUGGCGAAUCUGUGUGCCAUCCAUGCCAAGCGCGUCACAGUCAUGCAAAAGGACAUACAACUUGCAAGGCGUAUCGGAGGAAAGCGUUGGGCGUGA